UCAAUACCCACAAUGCAAAAGGCAACAAAUUCUCUGGCGACAGCAGUCGCUUUCCUCCAGUUACUUCCUGUGCGCUUCAGUCAAUCUAUUGAGUCAUAGCAAAUCCAUCCAUCAUGCCCAAGUCAAAGGAGGUGCUGUCCACCACAUCAGGAAGCGAUUCAGACAGUGAAGUGGAGAAAAAGGCAAAGAGAAAGAAGCCAAGUGUCCCUGAGAAACCUGCGAAGAAGCAGAAGAGUGGAGGAGAGACCUCCAAGGCCGGCGGCUCCUCAAGGGCUGAUGGAAAUAAAGACGACAACUUAUUCCAGAUUGGAAAGAUGAGGUAUGUCAGUGUCAGAGAUUUUAAAGGCAAAGUCCUGAUUGACGUUCGAGAGUACUGGAUGGACCAAGCAGGUGAAAUGAAACCUGGCAAAAAAGGUAUUUCCUUGAACCCAGAGCAGUGGAACCAGCUGAAGGAACAAAUGUCUGACAUCGAUGAUGCAAUCAGAAGAUUAUAAUGAGCUGUGUAACUGUGCAGAAAAGGUUGAACAAGUUUUUAAGAGGUUGCCUCCCAACUUUUGUAGGCACUUUGGUAAUGGACCAUUCUUACUUGUGCUGUAAGUUUGCACUAGCUUGUUGGAGUUAAAUUUGUUUUCGUUUGUGAUGUGACCUAUUGGGUGUAAACCAGUUAAAAAAAAAAAACCUGUUCAUUAUGUCAUGUACCUACGCUUGUCCCUCAAGAGUGUGUGUGUGUGCGCGUGCACGUGUGUGUGUGCGCUUUUGUGUGUUUGAUCUGGAUGUGGGGUUGUUUCUAUUUCUUUUUUUUCUGAUUAUUAUUUGAUUUUGACUUGGACGAUGGUGGAUUCCUUUGUGUUCAGCUCCAUGGUAAUAAAUGCCGUUUUGUGUGGCGGCUCCGUGAACGCUCUCACGGCUUCAUCUCA